GGAGGAGUGGGAACUCAGCUGGAGGACCGACGCGUGUGAACCGCGGAUAAGCUCGGGAAUAGUUGACAGUUUGCUGUGCAUCGAGCGGAGGUGUCACCACCGGAGCGCUGUCCGAGGUGCUGAAAAGCCGCCUGACAGACAGGUCGCUUCCCCCCCCCCCCUUUCCUCUCCUCUCCCCUCCCUUCCCUUCCCUUCCUCCACGCCACCACCACAGUCGAGACGGACGAUAUACGCAAGUACCGACGAGAAUGCCGAGCGGCGCCACAGCGGCACACCGGCGGUUAACGCAGCGUCCCCGGCCGGAGUAAAUGGGACCACCCGUCGUGCGAGCGGUAGAAAGAUGGAGAGAUUUGUCCCCCUGGUCGUGCUCAGCUGUCUCUGCGUGUCUCGAGUCACAGCGGAUGGCUUGUCGCCUCCCGUCAAUGUGACCAUCAGAGCGGUGAAAGCAAACUCUGCCGUGGUGACAUGGGACAUCCCCGAGGGAGACCCCGUUAUUGGCUUUGCCAUCACACAGCAGAAGAAGGACGUGCGCAUGCUGCGAUUCAUCCAGGAAGUCAACACCACGACGCGCUCCUGUGCAUUAUGGGACUUGGAGGAGGAGACGGACUACAUCGUGCAUGUCCAGUCCAUCAGCAUGUUUGGGACGAGCCCGCAGAGCGAACCCCUGCGCUUCAGGACGCCAAAGGAGGCAGAGACUCAGGCCUCUAAGAGUAAAGACGAAGUGACGAUGGAAGAAGUGGGUCAGACCACCCAGCUGAGGGCGGGCGAGCUCAUCAUCAUUGUGGUGGUGCUCAUCAUGUGGGCAGGUGUGAUCGCUCUCUUCUGUCGCCAGUACGACAUAAUCAAAGACAACGAGCCCAACAACAACAAGGACAAAGCCAAAAACUCCUCAGAGUGCAGCACUCCUGAGCAUCCGACGGGGGGGCUGUUGCGCAGUAAGUUCCCCAAGAACAACAACAACAACAACAACCGAAUGCCAUCCGUCAACAUCAUUGAGGUGUGACUGCCAAGAACGCCUUCUUCUCUUUACCCCAAAGUCCUUGUGUUCUCACCAAACAAAGCGGGCCCCCGUUUUGAAGCCUCCUGGGACUCACGCCCCCCCACCACCACCACCCCUCUCUCUCUCUCUCUCUCUCUCCACGACCGCUCGCUCCGCUUUGCCGCAGGGCCCGACCGGGAUGGUCCGGU